CAGUUACUGUUGAACAUUUUAUUCGAGAUUGUCGUCACCUGGGCUGUCGACAUGUCUACCAUCGGUUUAAUUUUAUUAUUGUGCACAGUGUUAAGCGGUUUAGUGAGUUCUAAUUCUCAGACAGUCCACAAAAGAUUUGAAUACAAAUUUUCAUUUAAACCGCCGUAUUUAGCGCAAAAAGAUGGAUCUGUACCCUUCUGGGAGUACGGAGGAAAUGCAAUAGCGUCUGGCGAGAGUGUCCGUCUGGCGCCGUCUCUCAGGAGCCAGAAGGGUGCGAUAUGGACGAAGCAACCGAUCGGCUUUGAUUGGUGGGAAGUGGACAUCAUGUUCAAGGUCACCGGGCGAGGUCGUAUCGGAGCUGAUGGUUUGGCUUUCUGGUACACGACGCAACGAGGCGACUACACCGGUGAGGUGUUCGGUUCGUCAGACCGGUGGAACGGUCUCGCGGUCAUCUUCGAUUCGUUCGACAAUGACAACAAACACAACAACCCCUAUAUCAUGGCUGUGUUGAACGAUGGUACCAAAAACUUCGAUCACAAGAGUGAUGGUACCACUCAGCUUCUCUCCGGUUGUCUCCGGGACUUCCGUAACAAGCCGUUCCCGACUCGCGCUCGCGUUGAAUAUUACUUGAACACCCUCACAGUUUACUUCCACAAUGGUCUCACUAACAACGAGGCAGAUUAUGAACUGUGUUUCCGUGCGGAGAACGUGGUGCUCCCUCGUGGAGGUUACUUCGGUCUUUCGGCCGCUACAGGAGGCCUGGCUGAUGACCACGACGUCAUACAUCUCCUCACGUCGUCCCUGUACUCCACGCAACAGGCCGGUGGUCAGCAGAUCAGCAACGAUGAACAGCAGAAACUGUCCCAGGAGUACCAGCAAUACCAGCAGAAACUCGAGCAGCAGAAGGAAGAGUACAGGAAGGAACAUCCCGAUGAAGUGCGUGAUAAGGAAGGAGAGUUCGAUGAUUGGUUCGAAUCUGACGGUCAGAGGGAACUGCGUCAGAUCUUCCAAGGAUUAGGACAGAUACAGGAUGUUAUGAGAGAUCUACACAAGAAAGUUGAUGAGGUUAUCGGGAAACAAAUGAACUCACUGUCAAUGUUGACAGCGGUGUACAGCCACUCUCAAGGGCAACCUUUGCAGCCGACUCAACCCGGACAGGUUCCACAGAUGCCAGCGCUACCGAUCACAAGACAGGAUUGGGAAAUGAUGGCGACUAACAACCAGAUUAUGAUUAAUACGAUUGCUGAGUUAAAGGGUUUCAUGAUCGAAGUGUCACGUAAGUCUGACACGCUGCUGGCUGGCGGGGCGGGUUCCGCUCCGAGUCCGCAGCUGCUCAACGAGAUGCGAGAUGGACUGAACCAGGUCAAGCAGACCGUUGCGAGCGUCGCGCAGAGGGUGGCGGCCGCCCCACCCGUGGUAGCUCAGCCGAUGUGUCCCACGGUAUCGUGCGUGUCCACCACGACGCUGCUGGUGGUGAUCACCUGCCAGCUGCUUGUUAUGUUCCUCUACGGAUUGUAUAAGGAAAGAAAGGAGGCACAAGCUAAGAAGUUCUUCUAAGUGUGUGUGUACCUACUUACGUACUUUACGUGUGAAUUUGAGAUCUAUUAACGAAGCCAUAAGGUUCACUUAGCUUGUAUGUAUCAAAACAAUGUUCAUAAUAUAAACAAAAAUAGUUUAUAGCUAAAAUAUUUUAGUUAAACAAAUAUAUUUAUAGACAAAGACACUGUAAUAUUUCUUACAGUGCCUUUGUCUAUGGGCGGUGGUGACCACUUACCAUCAGGUAGCCCAUAUGCUCGUCCGCCAACCAAUAUCAUAAAAAAAAAAUAUUAGUGUAAUAUAUUUAUACGUGUAAUAUUUUUUCUUUUUAAACUUUUUUUUUUGGUAUUUUUUGUCGACUGUAUCGCAUCGAGCUCCUAAUAUUGCACAAAUUAUUUUUUAUGUACUAAUUAUAUAUUUGCAGACACUUAUGUAUUAUAUCAUUUGAAUUAUUAUUUUUCUUGAUAUUUAGACAUUAAGAGGCGUAAUUGUUGAUUAUAGUGACUGAGAGGACGCUCAAGUGUAAUGAAUGCUGAUUUUUGGGAGAAUAUAUUUGCUUUGACAGAAAUGACGUAUACUAAAUCUUUAAUAAUAUACAUAACAGUUAUACCAGAAAAUGAAGCGAGUUUCGGAGAACGCUUUAGUACAUAAUCUAUAUAUAUAAAAGCGAAAUAACUAUAACACCUACAAACUUGAAAUUUAGCAGGUAGGUUUCUUAUGGGGUGUAGACAUCCGCUAAGAACGGAUUUAACGAAACCCCACCCCUUAGGGGGUAAAUCGAGUGUUGGAAGUUUGUGUUUUAUGAAUUUCGCGCGUGUAAAUCCGCAGGUUCAGCUAGUAUUAUUAUAUAAGUCGCUGCGCUUCGAAGUAACACCCGAUUUAAAUUUAGUAUAUCAACGUGAUGUUAGAGCCGAGAUGAUUCACUAGUCAUCGAUAUACUGUACUAGAUUUCGCGAUCCGCUAACACUGUUCGACUGAACUGAACUGCAGUCCGUACACCUGACUUUAGUGUGGCUUCGCCUUUCAUUCGACGUGGACGUGUACAGAGCGGCGCUGGUACGAUUUAGUUCUGUUAACUGUUACCUCCGAUAAUAUAGAAAAUAAGCAUAUCGUAAUACUUGAGCGUCGUUUAAAUGUCAGAAUAUAUUUUUUUUGUUUUAAAUAUAAUUAAAAUUGAAAGUCUGGUUGUGUGAAAUUGGCAUUUGUUUUUUGUUUUAUGAGAAUGUAUGUUGUAUUAUUUUUAUUCGUUGUUCUGUACGUUUAUUUACUUUUCGAUUGAUAACAACACGUUCUCGAAACGAUUCUCGAGUAUUUGUAAUUAUUUUGUCAACAAAACUCGCGUUUUUCAAUGUAUAUGAUCAAAAAUGUAAAGUGCAUUUUUAUUAUAUGUAUAAAGAGUUAAAAUGUCUGUACGUAAGUAGAGUGAGAUGAGAUUCAAUUUUUUUUUACCAGCGUGACUGAGGAAAGGGUGAUAUAUCUGUACAUAAAUAAAUAUUUAUAUAUUUCUUUUAGUAAAUUUUAUUAUUUGUCACA